UUCUGGAAACCCAAUCCGAGGCUAGCGGGGGCGGGCGCAGCUGAUAUAUAAGCACUAGCGCAGCGUCGGUUGUAGCAUUCUGCGCGCUUGCCUUUUUGCACCUGUAAGGAUUUCAACGCCCGUGCUGCUGCCGCAGUCGUCACCAUGAGGGAGAUCGUCCACCUGCAGGCCGGGCAGUGCGGCAACCAGAUCGGCGCAAAGUUCUGGGAGGUGAUCAGCGACGAACAUGGCAUUGACCCUACUGGCACAUACCAUGGAGACAGCGACCUGCAAUUGGAGCGCAUUAACGUGUAUUACAACGAGGCCACGGGUGGCAAGUACGUUCCCCGCGCCGUCCUGGUGGAUCUGGAGCCUGGCACCAUGGACUCUGUACGCUCAGGGCCCUUCGGGCAGAUAUUCAGGCCUGACAACUUUGUCUUUGGUCAGAGUGGUGCUGGGAACAAUUGGGCCAAGGGGCAUUACACAGAAGGUGCAGAGCUGGUGGAUUCGGUUCUGGAUGUUGUGAGAAAGGAAGCAGAGAGCUGUGACUGCCUGCAGGGUUUCCAGCUGACCCACUCCCUGGGUGGGGGGACCGGGUCCGGGAUGGGUACCCUCCUCAUCAGCAAGAUCCGGGAAGAGUACCCAGACCGGAUCAUGAACACGUUCAGUGUGGUGCCCUCCCCCAAAGUGUCGGACACAGUGGUCGAGCCUUACAAUGCCACCCUCUCAGUCCACCAGCUUGUAGAAAACACAGAUGAAACCUAUUGCAUUGAUAAUGAAGCCCUGUAUGACAUCUGCUUCAGAACCCUAAAGCUUACCACGCCCACCUACGGUGACCUAAACCACCUGGUGUCAGCCACCAUGAGUGGGGUCACUACCUGCCUGCGCUUCCCUGGCCAGCUCAAUGCUGACCUGCGAAAGCUGGCUGUGAACAUGGUGCCCUUCCCCCGCCUGCACUUCUUCAUGCCUGGCUUUGCUCCCCUGACCAGCCGAGGCAGCCAGCAGUACCGGGCCUUGACGGUGCCCGAGCUCACCCAGCAGAUGUUUGACGCCAAGAACAUGAUGGCUGCCUGUGAUCCCCGCCAUGGCCGCUACCUGACAGUGGCCGCGGUGUUCAGGGGACGCAUGUCCAUGAAGGAGGUGGAUGAACAGAUGCUUAAUGUCCAAAACAAGAAUAGCAGCUAUUUCGUCGAGUGGAUCCCCAACAACGUGAAGACAGCUGUUUGUGACAUCCCACCCCGGGGGCUAAAAAUGUCGGCCACCUUCAUUGGCAACAGCACAGCCAUCCAGGAGCUGUUCAAGCGCAUCUCAGAGCAGUUUACGGCCAUGUUCCGUCGCAAGGCCUUCCUGCACUGGUACACAGGUGAAGGUAUGGAUGAGAUGGAGUUCACCGAGGCCGAGAGUAACAUGAACGACCUGGUGUCCGAGUACCAGCAGUACCAGGACGCCACGGCUGAGGAAGAGGGCGAGUUUGAGGAGGAAGCUGAGGAGGAGGUGGCAUAGAGCCGUUAGCUGGUAAAGUGUGGAAGCAGUGUGAACUCUUUAUUCACCCACAGUCUGCGGAUAACCCUUUCUCACUCUGCACUGCUGUCUUUGUCUUGACAUCACAUCCUGUACAGGCAGACCAUUAAAAGCAUUUUCAUAGUG